AUGUCUGCUGAUGCCAAUCCAAUUGCUGAUAUGCAGCCCGGCAGCUUAGAUAGUAACAUCCAGCUGUCUAGGCAGCCUGCUUCUGCGAAGUGGUAUGACCGGAGGGACUAUGUCUUUAUUGAAUUUUGUGUUGAAGACAGUAAAGAUGUUAACGUAAAUUUUGAAAAAUCCAAACUUACAUUCAGCUGUCUUGGAGGAAGUGAUAACUUUAAACAUUUAAAUGAAAUUGACCUUUUUAAUAAUAUCGAUCCAAAUGAAUCAAAGCAUAAAAGAACAGACAGAUCGAUCUUGUGCUGUUUACGAAAAGGAGAAUCUGGCCAGGCAUGGCCAAGGUUAACAAAAGAGAAGGCAAAGCUUAACUGGCUCAGUGUGGAUUUCAACAACUGGAAAGAUUGGGAAGAUGAUUCAGAUGAAGACCUGUCCAAUUUCGAUCGCUUCUCUGAGAUGAUGAACAACAUGGGUGGAGACGAGGGUGUAGAUUUGCCAGAAGUAGAUGGAGCAGACGAUGACUCACCAGACAGCGACGACGAAAAAAUGCCAGAUCUGGAGUAAGGAAAACUGUCGUCUUCAGGGUUUGGGGAAAGAACUUCAUUACAGCAUUUCAUAAUUGAGAUAAGAAUUCCUGAGUUGAUAGCUCUAAAGCCAGAUAUUGCAUCCUUUAACCCAUUUUCAAUCUGUUUUAAAUGGCUUCACUGAUGGUUGGUAUGUACCAUUGUACGGGGCAGUCUUAAGCCACAAGAGGCAAUAACAUUAUGUGGGAACCUCUUUUUUCAGACUUCCAAAAAACAAAAAAGCAAUUGAGGUAUAGGCAACCGAAACAACCGCUGCAGGACAAAGUUUACAGAACCCGGUCACCUCAGACAUGGUUACAGUGGGGAAAUCCUCUAUUCGCUUGAAUGGCAGAUCUGUGUUCCCCCUCGCAGCAUGGGCUGCAGGCAACUCAGAGACCUCCUACCUGGAGGUGACCUGGCUGAUGCGAUGUUUUAAUUGGCUUAUAGAAUUAAAUUGGUAACGCACUAUACCUCUGUAGUGUCUUCAGGUGUGUUCCACUAAUGUGCUGUUAAAAAGGAGAACACUUCACUUUGUAUUUAAUGAUCACUAGUUAGUGUUCCAGGUGUAUUUUAGCUAAAACUAGUGACCCCCAAACUGAAGUGGGUGAAGCCUGUACAUUGGUAUUGUUUGACCCCCCCCUUCCCUCCCCCAAGCUUUUACAUCUCUUAGUCCAGAGGGGUGAGAAUGGCUGUACAUUGUUGCUUGUCAAUCUGUACAUUUAGACCAAAAUGUAUUUGCACUGUUGGUAUGGAAACGAGUGACAAAAUGUUAUACACUAUUGGGAUUUUUUUGUUUUGUUUGUUUGACCAGCUUAUAACAAGGCUGAGAAACCUCAAUUUGUGUUCAAAGCAGUGGGGAUUUUUUUUUUAAUGUCUACAUUCUUUCUAAUAAACUGUUGAAGACUCCAUGGCUGUCCUUUUAACUGUCCGACUGUAACUUCAUAUAUUCUCAUUUGCUGGAAUGGAUUUUUAUUUUUAGUUGGGAUAAUUAGCACAGGCUUUUAUUGCAUCUGUUGGAAGGAGGCAAGUUGUAAUGUGCCCAGCAAACCUUCAGGAAAGUGGAUCUGUAAUGGAAAAUUGUAGAUGCACUUUGACAACAGUUUAAACGGGGUGG